CACCUGCUUGGGACACGCUAUCCGGUUAAAAGUAACAGCAGAAAGAUACGUAGACAGUCGGGACAAGUGGAUUAACAAUGGAGUCAACGAAAUCUGAAGAAGACAACGUGAGAAUGGAUACACCACCACGAAAACGUCAAGUAGUGUACGGGGUAGAAGAUCAUCCACAUUUUCUACUUUGGCCUGUUUUUGGAUUUCAGCAAAUAAUCGUGUGUAUCUCUGGAACGUUGUCCAUUCCGUUCUUGGUGACGAGCUACAUCUGUGCAGACGGCUUGUUGGACGUUCGCGCCAAAUUGAUGAGCAUCACUUUCUUUAUGUGCGGAGUUGCCACGAUCCUACAGGACACGCUGGGAAUUAGGUUGCCCAUUAUUCAGGGAGGGUCGCACACGUUCAUACCACCGAUUGCAGCCAUGAUGGCUCUCGAAAAAUGGCGCUGUCCAUCAGAACCCGUCCCUAGCAACACAACUCAACCCUGGGAGAUCAGGAUGCGAGAGAUCCAAGGCAACCUAAUGCUAGCUUCUAUAACACAAGUCAUCAUCGGGCUUACUGGACUGGUUGGUUUUCUGCUUCGCUUCAUCGGCCCUCUGACCAUCGCUCCAACGAUCGCCCUGAUCGGAAUCUCUCUCUCAGGGGUUGUUAUCAGGUUCAGCCAGCCACACUGGGGAAUUGCCAUGCUGACUGUCGCUCUGAUACUGCUGUUUUGUCUGUUUCUGUCUGGUAUUAAAAUCCCGACGCCUGCCUUCAAGAGGUCAAAAGGCUGCCACAUAAGCAGAUAUCCUCUGUUUCAAGUAGCACCGAUAUUGCUGGGAGUGGCUGUAUCCUGGCUACUUAGCUAUAUCCUCACUGAGACGGAUGUGUUCACCUCUAAUUCUACAUUACCGGCAUACAGAGCCAGGACGGAUGUUAGCAUUGAUGUCCUUAACAACGCGCCAUGGUUCUACUUUCCAUAUCCACUUCAGUUUGGAAUACCAACGAUCAGCGCGGCCGGUUACAUCGGGUUGCUGGCAGCAACGAUUUCAUCGGUAAUCGAAUCAAUGGGCGAUUACUACGCGUGUGCCAGACUGUCUGAAGCGCCUCCGCCUCCGCCUCAUGCGAUCAACAGAGGCAUCGCAAUCGAGGGCUUCUCCAGCAUCAUUUCCGGUCUGGUGGGGGCCGGGAACGCAACGACAUCCUACAGCGGGAAUAUCGGAGAAAUAGCCGUAACAAAGGUUGCAAGCAGACGUGUGUUCCAGUGUGCUGGUGUGAUACUGAUUAUUUGCGGGGUUAUAGGCAAAUUUGGCGCCGUGAUCACGUUAAUACCAGACCCUGUGAUUGGUGGACUGAAUACCGUUUCUCUGGGAUUGGUCACCGCUGUCGGCAUGUCGGCGUUGCAGUAUUGUGACAUGUCGUCGUCACGGAAUCUCACGAUCAUUGGCGUGUCCUUCAUGCUCGGAAUAGCUGUCCCGCAGUAUUUAGAGAGCAACCCAGAUGCAAUAGAUACAGGGAGCAAGGAGUUCGACCAAGUGCUCAACGUCCUGCUAGGAACGGCGAUGUUCGUCGGUGGGAUCCUUGGUUGUAUCCUUGACAACAUUGUACCUGGUACUCUAGAGGAGCGAGGAAUGCUUGCGUGGAGGAAAGCAGCGGAAGGAAGUACGGAUUCCAAAGACUAUCAACGAGCGUCGAUAGAGAUGUACGACUUGCCAUAUGUAUCCAAACUACUACGACGGAUCGGGUGUUGUCGGUAUGUUCCGUUCAUGCCCGGAUUUUCUCCGGACCUAUGUUGUUCCUGUAAAUCUCACGCAGAUCCUCACCCAGUUCUACACGUCUACGAGCAGCCCGUGAUUCUUGAAGAGAGGCUUUAGAACCACAGCCCUAAUUUGUGGAUCUACAGUUGCAAGGAUUUUUUUUAGUGGAGGAGAUUAUUUCAUGCUAAUACCCACGUUACUAUAACAUAUCUGACAUUAUUGUUUGGGGAUAUCUGUGGUAUCGGUCUGGAAAUCCAGUACCUACCAGCCUUAUGUCCGAUGGCUUAACCACCAGCCUUAUGUCCGAUGGCUUAACCACCAGUCUUAUGUUUAAAUGGCUUAACCACAAGCCUUAUGUCCGAUGGCGUAAC